UUAGAACAUCAUUCUUUAUUCACCACUAAUAUAGUAGUCAAAGCGGAGGUGGCGGUAAAUUAAUUUUUGGGCGUUGUUUAUUUAUUAAGGUACCACUUCUAGAUAGAACAAUAAAACAUAUGAAUGUUGAAAAGUUACUCAACAGCAUGCACCUUAGCAAUAAGUAAUGUUGCUACCACGAUACGAUAGUGUUCAAUGACCAUCGAGUCUACACGACUAAAAACUCCGACGAACAUCAUCUUCAUUGUCGUGUUGGCAUAACUGUGCACAGAUGAAACCAAACUGUGUAUGAGUUUGUGUGUUAAGCACAGCAGAAGCUACUGAAGAAAGCAUAUAUUAGAAUGUCAAAUUCAGUUGCUGAGGACCAGGAUGACUGGAUGGUUAGACCAUGUAAUAUGUAUAAAGAGGAAUAUAGUGAGUGUACAAGUAUAAAGGCUCGUUUUCAUCAAUACUUCAUAUUUGGUGAAACUAUAGAUUGUUCACAGUGGAAAAGGGACUUCAACAGCUGUGUUCAGUGGAGAAAUAAACAGAAUGCUAAUGCACUGGAAGAGCUGGUACAGAGUGAAAAAGAACGCAGAUUGAAACGAUUAGAAGGUCACUAUAAGAACAAUGUCUGGAAGAAGAGGGUAGAACCUCCAGCUGACUGGAACAAGCCAUUGCCAGAGAGAUUCAUAAAGGAGUAUGAAAACACAUAUUUGUAUCACCGAGCUAAAGAAAUGGCAGACAAUAAACCUGAAGAAUUACAAAGAACUCUGUGUGUAUUAUCUUGACAUUUGAGAUUGUUAUAUAGUUUUGUAAUAGAAUAUUUGUAACUGUGAUUUUAGAAAUAUAAGACUGAAGAAAGUA